GUUACAUCACGAAGGAGGGUGGCCAGUGUUUCUAGGGAGAGUAAGCUUGCUCCUUCAGUUUGCUGACUACAAAAGUGUUGACGCUGGCAUUUUUUAAAGCAGAUUACAGAAGGCCUUGCUGGAGGUAGGAACGCGGAGCAACGGAAUAAGGAGAGAGAAAAAAAAAUGGGAGUAUACAAUGAACAAGGGUCAUCCAUUGAGGAGCCCCAGAAUCAGCACAUGGUAUCCAAGGAUGGCCGAGGCGGCGCCACCCCCCAAGAUGUCGGCACUGACAUGAUAUUUAUGGUGGGCGGCUGGACCAAGGACGACCCAUCCUGUCCGGUGGAGCAGUUCCGUCCUGAAUUGAACGAGUGGAGGACGGCGGCUCGCAUGGUCAAGCAGAGGGGCGAGGUGGCCGUGGGCACCUUGGACAAUAAGAUGUACGCAGCGGGUGGGGAAGACAACCUCCGAUGUUACAGUAACGUGGAGAGGUACGACCCAGACACAGACAGCUGGAGUGCGGAUGUAGCACCCUUGAGCAACCCCCGCACUGGAGUGUGCGUGGUGACCAUGGACGGAUACUUGUACGCCAUUGGAGGACACGACGGCAUUGCAGCCGUGAAUACCGUGGAGAGGUACGAUCCACAGAUGAACGCUUGGAGCAAGCAGGCGCCCAUGCUGACAAGACGCGCCAGAGCUGUGGCUGCCGUGCUGGGUGAUCACUUGUAUGUGAUUGGAGGCAAUGAUGGAGUCCUGCCACUCAAUUCAGUGGAGAAAUACAGCCUCGAAGACGGCACCUGGUCCAUAUGUGCCCACAUGUCCACUCCCAGAGAGAAGGCGGGCUGCGCCGUGUACCUGGGUCACGUCUACGUGGCCGGGGGCAGGGACGACCUCGGCUUGUGUCUGUGCUCGGCGGAGCGCCUCGACCCGGACACCGGCAGGUGGACUCCUGUCAAACGCAUGAGAAGCAAGAGAGACAACGUGUCUCUCGUGGUGUUCAAGGGUGCUUUGCUGGCCGCGGGGGGCUCCGACGGCGUUGCAGAUUUGAAAACAAUCGAAGUUUACGAUAGUGAAAGCAACGCUUGGAGACACUUUGGAAGUAUGAAGAGCAAGCAUCCAGGAGGCAGAGCGGCCGUGCUUUACUGAGCCCCCGACAAUGCCAUGAGCGGGACACAAGUGAUGGAGACAAAGAUAGGCUGGGCUAAUGGAUGCCAGUGCCAGGCUUGAGGACAUGCUGUGAUAAGCUUCAAUCCCUGGCAGCAUAAUGACUGAAUAAUUGAACAGUUUGCUCAAAAAUGAGUUGCAUUAGUAAACCGCUGGUAGAAAACAAGUCCACGCAUUGAAUGGAAGGAAGCACAUUAGAGGCUGCAAGGUUACAUCACUGCUAUUUUGAUGUCCCCUUCUUGCAUCGAAAAAUGGAUCUUUUAGAGGUGGUCGAUACAUGCAUGCACAAUAAGAGGGGGUGACUAAGUGUGGAUUAUGUAAAGUACAGCGGAAGCCAGGGAAUCAGGGAAGAGAGAGAGUGCUGUUUACAAAGAGGUUAACAACAGGUAAUAUUAAGAUGAAAAAAAAAACUAGCUUACUAACCAUGUCCAAAAAAUAUACCGAAAAAGUUAAAUAUGAAUGAACUGUAUUUAAGCAGUGAUGUAUUUUUGUUCACCACUAGGGGGAGCCCCCACACGACACUUUGAGAAUCACCCUUUACUAGUCUCUCAGCGAUGUUCUUGACCUAAUAAACAGAAAGUAAAUGAUAGUAGUAGCAUACAAACAUUUUUUUAAAAUCGUGCACGAUGUUCGCUAACCUCACUGAACCUCAGUUCAGCAAGCGUUAGGAAUCUUUACGAUUUUCAUUACGCCCCGCAAUCUUCAUUAAAGUUUGAUGAGUUUACCUGUAAAUGUGAGUGAUGUUUUAAUGUAUUCAUUACAGAGUAUUUUUAAGCAUUCAUGUUGUUGUAUGACGGUGACAGCCGGACCCUGAAUCGAUUCUUCAUAUUUUGAUAAUGUCCUGUGAGGAAGGGAAGCAAAGGAGACAAAUUCUUGAUCCAGAUUUCAACAACAUUUCAGUGGAAGCAAAGACUGGAGUAAAAAGGUGUUUGCAAAGUCAGAUGAGAUUUUGAGAAGAAGUGCAGAGAGAAUGUUAUAAAAGUGAAAUAUUGUAUCAAUAUACCGGAAUUAAAAUGGUGUUCCUUCCAA